CCUUAAACGCAGCACUGACGUUUACUCGUUGCCCCUGGGAAAUCAGCAGCUGUCACAUUUCCGAGUUACAAACGAAACGCACUCUUAUUUUUUUCUUUAGAGGACGGUGACGGGGUCUGCAUAUAGACAGGAUCUGGAUCGCCUGGUGCGGCCAGACCCGGCUGGACGGUAACCCGCCCAGGAGCGCGGAGAUGACGGUGGACUUCCGGAGAACGUCCCCUCACGCUGCCUCCCCUCAGCAUCCGCGUCAACGCUGAGUCUGCUGCUGGAUCUCACUGCCGGGUCCUGGGAUCCUCCCUUUCCCGAGAACCCGAGAUGGUCCUCGCACGUAGACGCCGGUGGGAACGAGGCCCACCUGAGACCGUGCUUCCUGCCGCGACUCAAGAAGUACGACCUCAGGAAACCAGAGCUCGAUUUGCUAAAACCAGCCGCUGCAGAGGCAGUUUCUUCCCCCAGGCUGCUUCUCUGGUGAACACAAUGGACACCCGACAGCUUGAGCGCAUGGCACGUGGGCACCAGAAAAUUCAGUCACAGCAGAAAAAUGCCAAGAAGCAGGCCGAAAUGAAGAAGUCCAAGGGUCACGAUCAGAAGACGGCAGCCAAGGCGGCGCUAGUGUUCACCUGCAGCGUCUGCAAGUCCCAGAUGCCAGACCCAAAAACCUUCAAGCAGCACUUCGAGAGCAAACACCCCAAAUCCCCGCUGCCCCCCGAGUUAGAGGGAGUGGAGGCAUAAACUACCCGGAUGUACCACACUGAAGGCUCCUGGAGGCCCUGAUGCAGCUCCCAACACGACAGCAACGAAUGAUUUAAUGUAGCCGACAUGAAAGCCUCCUCGCACAAGCUACCUGCGCGCGCUUGUGUUCCCACACAUGCACGACUCAAUCCAACCGUGGUUUUGGCUUCAGGGCCGACGUAGACCUGUUCGAUCAAUGAGCCCAGACUCACUGCCUUCAUGUUUUGUACAUACGCCUCUUAUAUUGCUUCGAGGGAUCGGUGAUUUAUUAACUACAUCCCAGAUGAGGUAAAGCCAACGGUCCUACAAACAAUUUUUAAAAAUAAAAGCAAAUGGCUUUGGUGGGAAAAUUGGGAUGUCUGUCUUUGCCGCUGUUAAAAAGCGUCCUAGUUUAUUUUAAUUGUACCUUUAGAGUGUUCGAAUAAAAAAGGAGGCCUGCACACUGGUUAACUCCUCCAGCAGCUCCGUGUGCCCUGCUCUACUGCAGUCCCUCAUCCAGCUAAUCAGAAUUUCAUGUUCGGUUGCAAAAAAAAUGUGAAACAUUGCCAGCCGCCCGAGCUGCGACACGAAUUAGUUUGUAACCGAAAUUAUAACGGAGACUACCGGUGAGAUUUAUGUGCCUGUAAAAUGAGUGUAUGCUCCAGUAAUGUAUCAUACCAUUUUAUUAAAAUUUACUUUGUUAUAUA